AUGCGGACUUCAUUGAAGGGCCAGGCGAUAUGGCUAUCUGCCUUGCUUGUGGGCUCGGCAACAGCUCAAGCGCCCAAUAACGAACCAGACUAUUCCAUUGAUCAUCCAUACACAGAGCCGGCAAAGCCCAAUGGAUUGGCAAUUGAGAAGCCGAAUUUCAUACUCUUCAUGCCGGAUCAGCUACGGUACGACUCGGUUGGGAUUUUCGGAAACGACCUGGUCAACACGCCGAACAUCGAUGCAUUCGCCAGGGAGGGAACUCGCUUCACCAACACUUAUACACAAGCCUCGGUAUGCUCGCAAUCUCGCUGCAGCAUCUUCACCGGCCAAUAUCCUCACGUGAGCGGCCACCGCACGCUGGAGAACCUGCUCAAGCCGUGGGAGCCAAACUUGUUCAAGUCGUUGAAGGAAAGCGGCUACCACGUGGCCUACCUCUCCCCACGAGGCGACUUCUACGCCGCGAAUGCCACGGAGCUGAGCGUGAACGAGUACGGCUUCCUCACCAGCCAGACGCUGCCCGAGUUCUCGUCGCCGCCGUACCAGUCGGACAAGGACGACAUCCUGAACCGCGUCUUCUACAAGGGCGAGAGGAACGCCACGCAAGCGCUCGACUACGACGAGGUCAUGGUCCGCGGCGCCCUGCAGUGGCUCGAGCGGCCGCCGCAGGACAAGCCUUGGGUGCUCUUCCUGCCGCUGCUCUUCCCGCACUGCCCCUUCACCGUCGAGGAGCCGUACUUUUCCAUGUACGACCGCAGCGAGAUGCCUCUUCCCAUCGAGCGUGAUGAAAUGAGCGGCUACCAGCCCCGCUUCAUCGACACGAUCAACAAAGCCUACGGGCUCGACCGCGCGACGCCCGAGCUGUGGCGCGAGGUCAAGGCGACGUACUACGGCAUGAUCUCGCGGCUGGACGAGCAGUUCGGGCGCGUCGUCAACGCGACCAAGCAACACGGGCUGUGGAACUCGACCGUGACCAUGUUCUUCACCGACCACGGCGAGUUCCUGGGCGACUACGGGCUGAUCGAGAAGUGGCCGUCGGGCCUGAACGAGCAGCUGACGCACGAGCCGCUGGUCAUCGGCGGCGCGGGGCUGCCGCAGGGCAGCGUCUACGAGGAGAUGGCCGAGAUGGUCGACCUGGUGCCGACCAUGCUGCAGCUGGCCAGCGUGGGCGAGAGCUACAUGCACUUUGGCAAGUCGCUCGUCGACGCCAUUCAUGCUGCUGGCCGCGGCGAGGUGCUGCCGCAUAAGGAGCACGCCUACACCGAGGGCGGGUUUUUGCUGAACGAGGAGCCGCUGCUCGAGCAGGGACCUUUCCCGUACGAUAUCAAGAGCGCCCUGCAGCACAAUGACACGGCCCUCGUCGGCAAGUCGGUCGCCAUCCGCGACAAGGAGUGGACCUACGUCUACAGGCUGUACGAGGCUGACGAGCUGUACUUCCGCCGCAACGACACGUACGAGCUGAACAACUUGGCCGCCGAACCGGAGUAUCAGCACAUCCGUGCCAAGAUGCGCGAGACGGUGCUGAAGUGGAUGAUGGAGACGUCGGAUGUGAUUCCGUGGUACAAGGACCAGAGAGCCCCUGAUGUGGAUUUGCCCAGUCCGUAUGAGCAGUAUUUGGGCAGAGGCGAGGGGGAGCUAUGA